AUGCGUUCUGCCAUCCUCGCCGUUUUCGCCUUCGCUGCUGCCGUCCUCGCAGCCCCGCGCGACGCAGCCCGCCUUGCCGCGCGUGCCCCGACGCCGGUCGACGCCGCCCCUGAUGCGCACUGGCCGCAGCCCUCGAACCACGGCUGGAAGAAACGUGAGCAGCUGCCCAUCACGCCCAUCACGGACGUGUCGCGACAGCUCUGCCCCCUCUCGAUGUCCGCGUGCCCCAUCUCCGCGGCCACCCCGACGACCCUCUCCGAGUGGAUCUCGAACGGCUUCGAGUGCGUGGAGUUCAAUGAAGACCUCAUGUCCUGCGGCGGCUGUGGCACCCUCGACGAGCAAUACGACUGCACUGCAAUCGCUGGAGCGCUCGGCGUGUCGUGCGAGGUGGGCUCCUGCCGCGUGCAUUCGUGCACGGCGGGCUACUCGCCCGCGCUCGACGGCAAGACAUGCGUGCCCACGAACUAA